AUGGCUGACAAUGAUAGCCCCGACGGGCUUGAUGCAGCCGAUCCCCCUGCGACAGGAUCGAUGCGCCUGUUCUCGUCCUAUGCACCCGGCCUCGUUGCACAGGAUGAACCAUACGUGCUGGCCGCUACGCAGACCAUCAAGUGCGGCGACCAGAAUCUGCAGAAGGUGACCAAAUCAGCCUUCACAGUGGAUGCACCACGAUUUGCCUUGCCAGCGGAAGACGUCCAUUCAUUCUAUCCCCAUGAAGGUGCCUCUGAGGCACCCCGCGUCCUGCCGCAUAUCGUGUUCAAUGACCCCCAUCUCCCCUGGGAGCGCCGCCCAACGAAGGCCAAGGAUGCACCCAGUGGGCGGCCUCCGUGGCUGGCACUGCUGGUUUUCAGCAGUGAUGAACUGCUUCUCACAUCUCUACCGGGGAAGACAGUCGAAACGACAACUCCGACAUUGCCAAAAGGCUCGGCGACACGUAGCCUUACGAACUCUGUCACUGCACUGGCCGAGGCGGAUCGUGCGGACGGCUCACACCUGCGCUGUCCCAAUUUGGGCGUCCACGAGUCAUUUUCGGCCGAUGAUACGGCCUCAUACAUUGUGCUGAGCAAAGACACUUUUGAGACGUUGUUGCCUCAGCAGCCCCGGCAGCCGGACACGGCUGUCCCGUUGGAGCACUUCACAUACUGCGCCCAUGUACGCGAGGUAACCAUCGGCAGCAGCACAGAGCCCUUCAGCGUCAUCUUCUCACACCGUACAGCGCCUGUUCAUGACAGCGGUGCACCGCAGGUUGCUUAUGUGCAUCUUGUCUCGCUCGACGGGAUUAUAGACAACCUCGAUGAGCGCCCAUUAGCAUCAGUCGUCGAACAGAUCGCUCUGGUGUCGCUCUAUUCAUGGACAUACCGCGCAGCUCCUACGGACCCAGUCAGUUACCAUGACAUCCUGCAGGCGCUGAACGUCAGCAAGCAGCCGCUGCGACGCCCCUCGCCGGUAAUUGACCGACUGACCACGGGCGGCGAUAGCUCCGCGACGUGGCUAGCAGGCCGUUUAGAGCAAGGAUAUACGAUUAUGCGCCAUCAUAUAAUGAGCGGCGAGACAACCACGACGCUGUAUCGAGGACCGCUAACGCCACAGUGGGUGUCGCCAGGCCGUUGCCCGCCCACGACCAGCGGCCGCGGCCUCCAGCAGCUAGACGCUCUCGCGGGGAUUAUGGACAUCAGCUACAGCGUCGCCUGGGAGCUCGGCCGCAGCCUAGCAAUUGCAGACAAGGCCUUCACGGCGGCUAUAAUGCGGCUGCGCGGCGAUAUCUCUGCCAAGGCCGUCGAUGGAGGUGCGACCAAGACUCAGCAGACCUUUGCAACCCUUGGGAGUCAAGAAAGUGGCCCAACGCCGGCGCCGACUCCCCCAGUGCCCACGGAUAUCUACGCUGGGGUCCAGCGUUGGACGACUACCGCCCUAGAUGCCCUGGCUGAGCGGGCGGCGCCGAGAUCAGCGCCUGCGGGGGCGGCGGUUAUGUUGGAUGCCCUGCAGGGCCGUGUGCGGACGUGGCUGGCUACCAUGGCAAACGCAAUGGCUGACUAUGAGCUGGGUGGCAGUUCUGCAGCAGCACCGACGAUCGUAUCGGCACAUUGGGCUACCAUACUACGAUGGAUCAAGGCCAAGCGUGCGCUGCAGGGGAUUCCAUACAUCUACUUGUUUCCAGACCCGGCUGUACUACCCAUCGAAGCCCUACGCACGUUUUAUAUCGACGAGAAUUGGACCGACGCGCUGAUCGAUGGUGCCCUUAGCAUUGCAAACCAUUCCACGCUCGUAGACGACCCGGUCAAGCACGAGAUUCGUACAAGCCUCGAUGUCUACGUCCAGCGCAUGCAAAAAGCACUCCCUGCCGCAUCGCCGCUGCUCGCGUGGCGCCCGCGCUGGGGGUUGGUCCUGCGCAGUUCACUAGUUCACGCCUAUCCGAACCUGCGCAUCCAGCAGUUCCGACGGCGGGUCACUGACGUGAUGCAGGAACAGGACCAAACGCCGGGAGUCUUCACAGCACUGGCCGAGGACAGUCUCAUCUACUUCCAGUCGCAGACCCCAGGGGCCCUCGUGGCGCCGGACACGGUAGCAGGCAUCAUCAUCUCUCAGCCAUUCCACCACCAGCGGUUCUCGGUCGGCGAUCAGCUCAAUACUCACGAACUAAAGCUGUCAUUCAAGCUGUUUGGCAAGCCCGCUGCCGCUGAACGCAUUGAGCGUGCCCUCAAUGUCGCCCGGUGGACUGCACCCGGCGGUACCGCUCGCUUUGAGUGCCAGCCGCGGCCGCCCAACAAGCCCGACGCGCCCUGGUUUGAGCCCAUCGACCUGCCGAAUAUCUAUAACUGGCAGACGCGAUGCCUUGACAUGGGAGCUUUUGUCCAGGCGUGUCAUGCAGUAAAUACAGCCGUUUUGACGGAUGAAUUUCGCGGUGAGCAGCCCGAGGCCACGGCUGCGUACAUUGGCGUGCAGUUCAACGACGAGCUACUGAUGCUGCAGCUGAGCUAUGACCAGCACGAAACAGCCGGUAGCGGCAACUCGCCGGCAAACCUACCAAGUAACGAUGCUGAGGCCACUCCGGAAGCCACAGCGCCCGAGGCAGCCAAACUCCCCCAGCGGAAGCUGCGGCCGUCUCUGCUGCCGGGGUUCUCCCCCGUACAGAGUAUAGAUAAUGGAAGGCCGCUGCCGGCGCUCCGCACGGCGGCCCUCGGGGCGGCUGUGCCGACAGUGCCCGAGAACGCGGCCUCGUACAACAACCUAUUGCCCCUGACGACAUCGCAGCUAGCCAAGGUCUGCUCGCCGCUGUUGCCGCAGCCACAGCGGCACUUUCCUGCAGGAGGUCCGAGACGGUCGUCGAUUACACUCGACGUCCUUGUCGGGAUCACGGCAAUCCAGACAGUGCGCCAGGACAUCUUCCUGGCAGCUUUGACAGUGCACAUACCUAUGGGGCAGAUCAAUACCAACCUACUACUCCCCGUGACGACACGACCGCACAUGACGAUGGUCGGCCCCGGCCGGUGCUGGACGCUCGCCUCGCGCGUUACGACAGGCAAACGACACCGCGUCAACCUGGACGGGAGCUGGACAGUUGCAGACGCCGCUGAUGAGCACGAUCAGGACUUCCUCUCCGUGACCAUUACGCCGAUGCGCGACAAGCGCCCAUUGCGGCUGGUGCAGCAUCCACAGCUGAGCUUUGUGCUGUACGGCAUGGCGAUCAACCCUCUCGCCUGUGAACGAACACUCCUUCUGGUUGAGGAGGAGUACCGGCGGGAUUCUGAGGAGGGCGUCUUUGAGGCCGCGGGGACAGUGCACUCGGUGGUCGCUGUGACAAAGGAGCAGUGUGAAUGGGUAGGCUGA